AUCUAGCCUAAUGACGGGAGGGGUCAAACGAGGUGUAACCAACCCCUGGCUCUUGGAAGAACCUGAGGAAACCAGAGGGCUUGGCUUUGACGAUCUCAGGCAGCAGCAGCGAAGGAUCAUAGAAGAGCAAGAUGCUGGACUCGAUGCGCUUUCUUCAAUCAUAUCCAGACAAAAGCAAAUGGGGCAGGAAAUUGGGAAUGAGCUGGACGAACAGAAUGAGAUCAUUGACGACCUCACUAACCUGGUGGAAAACACAGACGACAAGCUUCGCAACCAGACGCGGCACGUGAAGAUGGUGGAUAAGAAAUCGACGUCCUGUG